AUGAAAAAAAUAUAUAGUAUUUUCUCUUUUUUAUUAAUUUUGAACAUUUAUAAAUAUUUAAAGAAUGUUGAAUGCAAUGACAUAAUAAAUUACAGUGGUUUAAAUCUAAGAAACGGAUUACCACCUAAUAGUUUAGAUUUAACUAAUGGAUUAAAUAAUAGGAAUGAAAGUAUUAUUGAUUCUAAAAUUGAAGUUCAUGAAAAUAACUUUUACCAGAAUAAAGAUAAUACUAUCUCUGUAGUUGGACAGGAUGUGCCUACUUCAUCGGAAGCUUCUUCUAAAAUUAUAAAUGCUAACGAUUCAGAAGGAAAUAAUAUUGAUAAUACUAGAGGACUUAGUGUUACAGAUAGUGGAAUUCCUGAUGGUGGUGCAUUUGGUGGAGGGCUUAGUGUAUCUGAAAAUUCACCUCUACAAGGUGGUUUGAAUAAAUGUCCUAUUGAUAAAUUUUGCAAUGGUAUUAAUACAAUUCGUAAAUGCCUCACGAGAACGUAUGAAGAAAGAAAUGAUACCUGGACUUUUAUAGAUGUACAAACGGAAAACGCAGGGUUAAUUGUUCCUCCAAGGAGAAGAAAAUUAUGCUUAGGAGAUAUUUCUAACAGAAUUUAUGGAAAAAGUAGAGAUGAUAAAUUAAAAAAUCUUAAAAAUGAACUUAGCAAUGCUGCUUUUACUGAAACAGCAUCAAUUUUUAGAAAACAUGAGAAACAACCUGAAAAUAUAUUCAGUGCAAUGAAAUAUAGUUUUGCAGACAUAGCAGACAUUAUUAAAGGAAAUGAUAUGAUAGAUAAUAUAAUUUCUAAAAAGAUAAGUAAUAAUUUGGAUAAGGUAUUUAAGGUUAAUGAUGAAACAAAUAUAAAAGAGGAACGCGAAAAAUGGUGGAAGGAAAAUAAAAAUGAUAUUUGGAAUUCAAUGAUGUGCACAUAUAUGAAAGAAAAGAAAGAUAAUAAAUGUCCAAACCAUGAUAAUAUACAUGAGGUACCACAAAUGUUUCGUUGGUUUAGAGAAUGGGGGACUUAUGUUUGCCAAGAAAUAAGCAACAAUAGAGAAAUUUUAAAAUCUGGUUGCAAAAAUAGUAUAAAUGGAAUUCCUAGCAAUUAUUGUAAAAGUUUAUUUAAGGAUUACGAAAAUGUUAUUAAUUCAAAAAGAAGUGAAUGGGAAAUAUUUGUUAAGCAUUUUGAUAGGAAGAAAAGUGGUUAUAUUGCAGCAAAUGGAUCAACACCUGAAACUUAUUUAAAAGAAAAAUGUCCUGAAUGUGAUUGUGCAAAAAUUAAUUUAAAUGAUAUAUUUCAAAAAGAAUAUAAUAUACAAAGUUUAUUAAAAGAACUAAUUGAUCCACAAACAUCCGGAAGUGUAUCAACAAAUAUAUCUGCAGUAGUGCAACCGACUGGUGAAGAAAACACUGAACAAAGAAGUGUAUCAAGAACUCAAGAACAACAACAACCACAAGAACAAGAACAACCACAACGACAACCCCAAAAUAUACAAAGGGCAAAUAAUAAUGACAAUAUUUUAGGGUGGGAAUUUGGUCCUGUUGCAGAUCCUGGUACAAAUCCAUAUAUUUCGUCUGCAGAAAAAAAUUCUCUGGAACUAAUAAAUUUAACAUCAUGGGAUAAAGAGGAUAUAAUCAAACAAAAUGAGGAUGUAAAAGAAGAAUUCGAAGAAGAGCAAGCUCAAGAAGAAUUACAACAAGAAGAAAUAGAAGAAGAACUAAAUGAGUUACAGGAAGAAUUACAAGAAGAACAGGAACAACUAGAAGAACAAGUUGAGGAAGAAGAUAAAUCAAAUAAAGAAGAAGGAGAACAAGAGAAAAAAACAGACGAUGAGGAAAAAGAAGAAACAAUUGAAUCCUCAGAUGAUAAGAAUGCUCAUCAAUCAUUAUCUAUAGGUUAUAAGAAUAAUAAUGAAACAAAAAAGGAUGCUGAAGCUAUAAUGAAAGACUUAUUUAGUUUGUUUAAAGAAAAAAAUACUUUUGAAGAUCUUUUAAAAGAUUUAACGGGGGAUUUAGCCUCUUUAUUUCAAAAACAAUAA